AUGUCGGCCGAGGUCGGCCCCGGCGUCGCGUCGAGCGUCUUCCACGUCAACUUUUGCAGCCACGAGACCCUCUUCCAGGACCAGUACACGCGGUACCAGCGAGCGCGCAAGGUCAAGGUCAUUCGGUGCUUUCCGCACUGCUGUCCAUGCCACGUCGCCAACCGGUACUGCGGCAUGCCCCUGCAGCUGCUCACGACGCUGGCGCCGACGUCAACACUGAGAGCGUAUGCAUCACUGCUCAAGAUUGCUCCUGUCGACCACGAGAACUGGGCGCUGGGCGAAAUGGUGCCGCCCCAAAAUGGCCGCGAAGGCGACGACAGCGAUGGCGCCACGUGGUACCCUGGCGAGCAAGAAGUCCUCGACAACAAUGUACUCGGGAGCUCGUUCAACCAUAGCUUGGUCGAUGGCUGGACAUACGGCUGGAAGAGUGGCCGUAGCCAAAGCAUCCGAGACCGCCUCCACGCCGCCACGGGUUUCUUGUUUGAAGUCGUCGCGUUAGCCAGCGGCAGCUUGGCUUGGCAUCUCAUCGCCAAAGUCACGUCGCCCGGCUUCACGGUGGCCACGUACCGCAACCGCGGUGGUGGCGUGCUAUCCAUGGCAGCUUCGUUGCCGUCGUUGUCGUCCUUGCCGGCGCCGAUUCGGACGAUGGCCAACGACCUCGGACUUCUGAGCUACUUUCUGGCGUCGGUCGAGCCGUCGAACUUAGCGGCCGAGGUUGCGCUAGUUGGCCACCUCGUCGGCGACAUGUCGUCCCCGCCUGCUCCGUUCAACUGCGUGGCCCGCUUGAACGACACGCCGGUCUCGGACGAGCACGCGUUGACAGCCGCACUGCUCGCGCACUUGCUCGAGCCGAAGCAGGUGGCGCAGCUCCGCGCCUUUGUCCAAACGCACAACGUCUGUGUGCUCGCCAAGGCGACGCUGCGUGACGCGUACAACGACUGCGUCCUGCUGUUGCACAACCUCGCAAAUGAUUACUUGGUGCGCGCGUUUGAAACGACGCUGUCGCUUCUCGCGUCGCUCGUGCGCCAAAGACACCCGGCACUAGAGCUGGCCGUGCAGGCGCGAAUCGACGUCGAAGGUCGGUUCGGGUACCGCUCGGUUGUCGCCCUCUUCCGUGAAGUCUCCUUGUGUGCGAUCCACCACCCGGUUGCGCCUACAAGUGCGACGGCAUCGGCGCUCUCGGGCGAGUGGGUUUUUGACGCGGACGCCUCUAGUAUGGACCUUGCGUCAGGGGCGACGUGUUCGCUAUGGGACGCUACGCGCUGGGCGACUUGGCUCUACGGCUGCCGCUUGGACCAUCGCGGGCGCACAUUGCAUGUGGCCUCCAACUGGCAAUUGUAUGCAAGCGAGUCGGUCUUUCUGCUGGACAACACGCCGCGCCUUCUGCGCACGUUCCCAAACGGAGAGUCCACGAUGGGUGGGACAGGCGUGGUCCUCGACGGCGAUUACGUCGGCCACGUCACGAGCGCCGGUGGCAUUUACCUCGAGUGCUACCGGUACCACUUGCUCGCCGCGUGCAGCUCCCGUCUCGAACUGCAGCUCAGCGUGCACCACGGCACCCUCUCGUGCAGCUUCAAGUGGUACUGCAUCGACGGCCGCCUCGACCCGUCGCUCGUCGUCGCUGCCGCCGCCGAACGACGCGCACUUGUUUGGGCGUCGACGUCGGCGCCGGUCGUGGGCUGUGGGCACGCCGCGUUUGUGCGACGUUCCGUGGACUGAGACGAUAAGAUGUCGGUUAUAGCUAUCUCUCAACAAGCACCGCAGUCUCGAU